GUGACUGUCGGAAUUCUUCUGGAAACAUAACCUCAAACCGCGAUCGUUUACCGCUCACCUGCUGCAAUAAUUUUUAUUUAAUUUAAAAAGUUUUUAAUCAAUAGUUUUAAAAAAAUUGGUUUUUUACACUAACGUUAAAUAACUAUUUGUAUUUCUUUACUUUUUGUAUUCACUUUUACAAGAAAAACGAACGAAAUUAAAAAUGGAAGUUGUUCGUACAAACUUUCAAGAUGUUAUGGAGGAAUUAGACAAGGUUCUGGAAGAAGCUUCAUUUCUUUGCAUUGACACAGAAUUUACGGGUUUAAAUGUGGGACCCGACAGUACACCUUUCGAUUCACCAGCACAGUAUUAUUCAAGAAUAAGAUCAGGUUCAAUGAAUUUUCUCUUGGUUCAAUUUGGACUUUCAGUUUUUACAUUCGAGAAUAAAACGAAAAAAUACAGUCAACGUUCUUAUAAUUUUUAUGCAUUUCCACAUCCUCUUAAUCGUGGCGCACCUGAUUGUCGGUUUAUUUGCCAAGCUUCGAGCAUAUCAUUCCUCGCCAGCCAAGGUUUUGAUUUCAAUAAAUUAUUCAACUCCGGCAUUCCAUUUUUAACAAAAAAUGAAGAGGAAAGACUACAAAAGAAAAUGGAGGAUAAACAGAAAAUUCGUGAGGAGGGACAAGAAUUUAUUCCUAUUCCCGAUCACGAUAAGCCUCAAAUCGAGGAAAUUCUAUCGAAAAUUAGCGAGUUCAUUAAAUCGGACGCAGAAAAGCUUUCAAUCGAUAGAUGUAAUGCAUUUAUUCGACGACUUGUUUAUCAAGAAGUAAAGAGAAAAUGGCCGAAGAAGCUUCAUUUAGAUUUUAAAGCAGAAGGUCUGAACCAAAUUUUAGAAGUGACGAAAGUGGGAACAAAAGAGGAGGAAGAGAAAAAAGUUCUUGAACAAAAAGAAAAGGAACGAUUAGAGAUGAAAGAGGCAAUUGGCCUAAGCGCAUUGUUAAAGAAAAUCUCUAGUUCGGGAAAAUUAAUUGUUGGACACAAUAUGUUACUGGAUCUGUGUCACGUUAUUCGACAAUUUUUUAAUCCAUUACCCGAAACUUAUUCUGAAUUUAAAGCUCUCGUCCAUGGACUUUUUCCCAAAAUAAUUGACACGAAAAUAAUCAGUCAAUCGACGCAAUUGAAAGAUAAAGUUCCUUUAACGAAUCUACAGUAUCUUUUGGAUACUUGUAGUAAAGAGCCGUUUUCAAUUCCGGAGGUGAUUCCGGUAAAAGAUCGCAGUUAUUCAACUUCGAUAGAAAAAAGUCACGAAGCCGGAUAUGACGCAUAUAUGACUGGCUUAUGCUUCAUAGCCAUGAAAAAUUAUCUCGGUACUUUGGAAAGUCCUGCAGUAGAUACGGUUCUUUGCGACUCGCCGUUAUUAAAUCCGUUUUUGAACAAACUCGUCAUCGUUAGGUUAAAAGACGUGCCACAUAUUAACUUAGUUGGAAAUGAUCCCACACCCAGUAGAGAUCAUGUAUUUUACAUAACGUUUCCACGUGAAUGGAAAGGAAAUGACAUAUCAAAACUUUUCACUUCUUAUGGUGGUGUUUUUGUUUCCUGGUUGUCUGAUACGUCGGCCUUUGUUAGUUUGUACAAAAGAGAUCAAGUGAAAAAUGUUCUCAAGAAUGUGAAGAAUACGAAAUUUUUCCAUAUUAAAAAAUUCGCCGAACAUCAAAAAGCAAUAGAACCAGCGGAGCAAGGACUACGAAAACGUAAAUUAGAAUCGACCGAGAAUAAACUUAGAUUUAUAUGAACACAUAUGAGUUGAGUGUGCGCAAAACGAACAAACAAAAAAAAAAAAUUCCAAAGAUUUUCAAGGAAGGGAGAAGACAAUUUUUUUCGUAAUAAAUCACAUAAAAUGUGAAUGAAGCGCAGCGCGUGCAAGCUGCCUUCACUCGACAGUCAUGAUUCAAACGUUAAAGCGAAAUACAGUACUAUGCAAAUUAGCGUUGUGUCGCAUAUACGAUAGUGUACCUGCAAUCCCGAUGUUUAUUCCUAUCUAUAUUUGGAGUAUGGAUUACAAGACAUUGAGAGAAUGAAAAGAAAGCUCAUAGGGAAAAAGAGUGUGUGUAUGUGUAUUUUUUUUGUGUGUAUGCGAGAAAGAGAGAAAGAGACAAUGUUUCCUGAACAUUUCAAGACACUAUCAACCUUUUGUAUGGGGAAAAAUCACUUGUUUCUCUUUAUAUACUGUAGAAAAGUUCAUAAAUUUAAAAACACGAUGGACAAUGUGUUCUUGAAAGAUGAACACAGAAUUUUCAGAAUUAAUGUACGAUGAAAACGAAUUUAUUAAAAUUUUAUUUUAAUAUUAUGCUAAUAUAGUAGAGAAAAUUGCGCUUUUUUUAAAAAUACUUUUCACGACUGUAUAGAAAAAUGGAAAUAAAAUAUUAUGUAUUUUUUACAGUA